AUGCAUCGCGCUGACUGUGGUUGUGCCUUUCUGGCGCUACGAACGCUUGUGCGCGUCGAAGAAGUUACUACAUCAUCGCAGGUGCCGCUCGAAACCGCAAUCCAAGUCACAUCUUCAGUGGAACAGCCCUGCCUCACCGUAUUGAGCUGCGAACGGUGCCGCCAGCAACGACUCCCUCUUACCGCUGUCACGAUUCUAUGCGCCCAUCUGGUUGACUGGCUGUGCCGGUUAUGGAACCUAAAGGACGAGGACCCUGCCGACACCUCCACAGAUGCCAGCAACGCCAACACGACUCCAACUACAACCAGCACCAGCGAAAGUCGACAUGCAACUCUGCCCUGGAAGUUCUCUCUUGGAAACUAUGAUCUCGCGGAAGACGAAGCCGAUGCGCUCAGCAACGAAUUAAUGACAUUGCGGCUCACUGGUUUCUCCGCUGUGUUGGGCUCUCUUGAGGCCGCCCUCGUCACAUCUGGACCAACCCCCUGUGUUCCUUCUUCGCCCGGGGGCAACAAUGACACGGCCAACGACAUAUCGGCAUUUGCGCCAGCUUGUCUCGAACUUGUCCGAGCGAAUCUCCGGCUAGUGCGCGCAUGCAUUCGCCGCCUCAAGGCGCGCUCGCUACUGAAUAGCGAUGGGACCAGUGCUUCGUUUUAG